GUUUGUUUCUCCAGUUCUGUUUCGUACUCGAUCACGAAGGACUUCGCGGAUCUGUGGGAUGUGGCCCGUGCAUCUGGUGUCCCCUGUCUUCUUUCGCUUGUGAGCCUCACACUCGAGUACGUACCAACAACGUAAGUACAACCCAGGAUUCUGCUCUUUAUCACCUAUACUACAUACACGUCAAGUUUUAUGUGCGUUUUCAGGUGUGCCUUGUUACAAUCAUCAUCGAUUGUAAGCCAGGCUUGGUAUUUUGCAUUGAACUUGCGGUAUUUAUCUGCGUUGUACUACUAGCCCAGAAGCUUUGGAGACCCUCGGUAGAGCCAAUGCCAGCUUCGCAAUCACCCAGAGAAGUCGCCUCUGCCUUGCUUGCCAAGAGAGGUCUCGACGUCGUCUCUAUCUCGUUGCUCCAGUCACUAUGGGCUGGGUAUGGACAAAUAUGCCGCAUCAGUGCAACUGAUGCCUCAGAGAAGACGCAUCCUUAUGUCCUCAAGCUCAUUACACCACCGCCAACGCGAGCUGGAGAUGAGGGUCACUCUAGAAAGAUUUUAAGUUAUCAGGUCGAACAGUACUUCUACAGCCACCUGGCGCCGCAGCUUCCGACAUCUGUGCCCGUGGCGACAUGUCUGGCAAGCAUCAAUCAACAUCACCAAGAUGGCACGUCCACAACGGCUAUGAUCUUGAAUGAUCUGAAGCAGGACUUCCCAGUGGCUGGCGAGAAGCGUGGUGCACUGUCCACCAUUCAAGUUGGUGCUGCUCUGGACUGGCUGGCUGGCUUUCAUGGUUUCUGGUGGCCGAAUGUGAACAGCUUUGAUCGAACCAAGCUUGUACUGCCUCCGCUGGAAGAAGUCCAACAAGACGGCCAAGAUGCAGUUGAGAAAACAGUUUGGCUCAACGGAGGAUACACUUACCUAGCCACACGACGGAACGAGUACAACAGCUUAGUAGACGACGACUCAGAAUGGACGGACCCAUUGACCAAACCGUUGGAAGGCCAAGAUCAGUCUAUUGCCGAAUUAGCCGCUACGUUUCUAUCGCCAUCUGUGUCGGGUCAGAGUCCUAUCGAAGGCUAUCAGACGCUGAUCCACGGCGACGUCAAGUCUGAAAACCUCUUCACCAGCAAGUCAGGGGAGCAAGUAGCGUUCUACGACUUUCAGUAUAUCGGCCUUGGACUUGGAGUCUGCGAUCUGGCGAAGCUGUUCACCUGCUCCAUACCACUCAGCAUGCUAGUGGUCGAUAAUCAUGUGCCACACACCCUGAAGAUGCAGGACGGUGAGAGGAAACUAUUGGAGAGAUAUUGGAAUGGCUUGAGGGGCAUCAGUAAGAAGGAGUACAAGUGGGAAACCUUUGUACAGCAUUGGGAGAUUGCACUCGUGGAUUGGCUCCGGUUCCAAGCAAGCUGGGGCUUCUGGGGAAACACGGAGUGGUUGGAAGCGCGUGUUAGAAGUAUUUUGAUGGAUCAGCAGUGGGGUGAGACUCUGAAGACGAUGGUCGCUGCGUAGUAGCCUAUGAGA